GUAAAUUAUAUCCGUCCAAAUCUCCAAUCACACACUCGCUCGUUAAUGAUAAAUGCUAUCCGUAAGUGAUUUCAAUCAUUUGCGUGGUAUAAAAAGGGAGCAGCGCCUGCUGAUCAAUCAGAAGCAUAAAUAUAUAUAUUGCGAGAAAAAAUGGAAAAUCCGUCGAGUAUUGAGUGGGCAGAAAAUGCUGCAUUAUUCCCGGACUACCCUUCCGCCGCCGCAGCUGCUUUUCUUUCAUGGCCGCCGGCGUUUGAUGAAGAAGAAGAAGAAGGGACGGCGAUAGGAAUGAUGAGAUCAGGCGGUGGAUUGAGUGGUCCACAGAGCCACCGCGAAGCCGAGAAACGCCGCCGAGGCAGAAUCAACGCGCAGCUCGCUACUCUUAGGACACUCAUUCCCAUGUCCGAUAAGAUGGAUAAGGCAACUUUGUUAUCAAGCGUAGUGGACCAUGUGAAAGAUCUCAAGAGAAAAGUAACAGAAAUCAGCAAAGUCCUCGCCGACAUUCCAGUUGAAACUGACCAAGUGAUCGUCGACGACGCUCAAGAUUAUGACGAACAAAGAAGCUUCUUCAAUGCUGUGAAUUUCGUCAGGGUUUCGAUCUGUUGUGAUGAUCGACCUGAGUUGUUCGCGGAGAUGAACAAUGUACUCAAAGAACUAAAGUUGGUGAUGGUGCAUGCCGACGUGACUUGUUUGGGUGGCAGGGUUAGGACCAUUAUCUUGCUGCUCUGUCCCGACAAGGAUAAGGGGAUUUCCAUCAAUUCGUUCAAACAGUCCCUUAAGCUUGCAUUGUGCAAGGUUGCUAUACCUUCUUCUAGUACCACUUAUCGUAUCAGAAGCAAGAGGCAAAGGUUUUUCUUGCCCGUUGCUCACUUUCAUUCAAUAAAUAAAUAGAUGUAUAGAUAAAUAAUGAUAAUAAUUAGCACCACUGUAACUUGAAAUGAUUCAGAAUUUACAUUUUUCCCAAGUUGAAUCCUGCUGUAAUUUGAAAUAUUGUGACAGGGGCGGAGCCAGGGUCCGAUAAAAGGACGGCCGAAGUAUUGAUAUGCUGCUUAUCCUGAUGUUUAAUUGUAACCAUGUUUAUUCUUGAAUUAAGUUUACGUUGAUUUAAUCAUAUCUCAUAAUAUGCAAUACAUUUGUGAUGAAAUAA